CGUACGAUCACACAGCAACAAAAAAAGUAAGCAUGGCUUCGAAGAGAAGAAUAGAUACGAUUUUACGACAUGUUAAUGCUGAAAAAGCUGUAAACUCAGAAGAAUGCACCGAAAAUACACAGAAUAUUGUAAUGCAUGCAUGCGCUGCUUUCGCAGAUAAACCUAGGAUACCGAAAAGAAAGCAAGAACUGCUGAAAUGGAAUGGUUGGGGUUACAAAGAUUCCAUGUUUGAGUUGGAUCAAAAUGAACAAGUUCGUUUUGCUGGUAACAGGUAUAAAAUCUGUGGGAGUUUGCCUCAUUUCAAGUCAUGGAUGUUAACUGUUCCGGGUGUGAGCCUAGACCACACCACACAACCGCAGGCAUCCAUUCGAAAUGAGGACUUACCAAGAAUAACACGCAAUGAAGACUUCAUGACAGAACUUCACAAGUCUGGAAUCUCCUUUUCACUUGACGGGCAGGACAGGCUGUUCAGGGCUCAUGGUCAUACUUUGCAUGAGGUGUUUGUAUUGAGGGAAGGCAGAUUUGAAAGAAUUCCUGAUAUUGUUAUAUGGCCAACAUGUCAUGACCAAGUUGUGAAGUUAGUGGAUAUGGCUGUAUGUUAUAAUGUAUGCAUUAUUCCAUUUGGUGGUGGUACUACUGUGACCAGUGCUCUCGAGUGCCCUGCUAAUGAGCAAAGAAUGAUCGUUUCAUUAGACAUGUCACAAAUGCGUCGUAUUUUAUGGGUUGAUGAGAAAAACCUGACUGCUCAUGUCGAAGCUGGAAUCACUGGUGUUGAUCUUGAUGAGGAGUUGGCUGCCUUUGGUGUGUGUACAGGUCAUGAACCAGACUCAAAUGAAUUUAGCUCAUUAGGAGGAUGGGUGGCAACAAGAGCGUCUGGGAUGAAGAAGAAUCUGUAUGGUAACAUAGAAGAUUUAGUUGUGCAUGUACGCUUUGUUACCCCAAAAGGAGUAAUGGAGAAGAAUUGUCAGGUACCAAGGAUGUCCACCGGUCCUGAUGUCCAUCAUGUUAUUAUGGGCUCUGAAGGAACGCUAGGUGUAGUGACAGAAGUUACCCUUAAAGUCCGUCCACUUCCCCCGUGCCAAAAGUAUGGAUCUGUUGUGUUCCCAAGUUUCGAGCCAGGUGUCCACUUUGUACGAGAAGUUGCAAGACAGAGGUGUGCCCCAGCAUCAAUACGUCUGAUGGAUAAUGAACAGUUCAAAUUUGGCCAUGCAUUGAAGGCACCAAGUUCAUCUAUUUGGGCCUCAUUGAUGGAUAGUAUCAAGAAAUUCUAUGUAACACGGAUGAAAGGAUUUGAUCAAGAUAAACUUGCAUUUACAACAUUACUUUUUGAAGGAACCAAAGAGGAAGUUGCGGCACAGGAGAAACGAGUAUAUGCCAUUGCAUCUCAAUUUGGGGGCUUGGCUUCAGGGGAAGACAAUGGGCAACGAGGCUACUUGAUGACGUAUGCCAUUGCCUACAUCAGGGAUAUAGGUCUUGAUUAUUAUGUCAUUGCCGAGUCUUUUGAAACGUCAGUCCCUUGGGAUAGGGUGCUUGAUCUGUGUCGAAAUGUUAAGGAACGACUUGCUAGGGAGUGUCAGGAACGAGGGGUACAGUACGCCCCCUUAGCGACGUGCCGUGUCACUCAGACCUACGAUGCUGGUGCUUGUGUUUACUUCUAUUUUGCAUUCAGCUACCGUGGUCUUAGCAACCCAGUUAAAGUUUAUGAAGAGAUCGAGAAUGCAGCUCGCGAUGAGGUUUUGGCCAAUGGAGGCAGUCUAUCUCAUCAUCAUGGAAUUGGCAAAAUUAGAAAGAAGUGGCUGAAGCAGACUGUGUCAGAUACUGGUAUUGGAUUAUUAAAAGCCAUGAAAGAACACAUUGAUCCACAAAAUAUCUUUGGUAAUAAUAAUCUCCUUUAAUCUGUGGAUUAGUUUAAUAGAUAUAUUAAACAAAAAUAGAAUUAAUAAAUUGAUUUUUGAAACAUAAAAAUUUCAAAAGAAUUGUCAUAUAGUACCGUAUUCAUGUAAUUUUAAGGGAACGCAUUUUUUAUAAAAUGUUCUUCAAUUUAGGUAAAAUAAAUCUAGACAGAAAGUGACUGAACUGAAUGGGUUAGGCAUAAAGGGAUUAGGUGUGAAUAUUGUUUAUGCUAAUCAGAUCAUGUCAUGAUUAGUUAAAUAAAUGGACUAGGGUACUAAUAAAUAUUGAAACCCUGUAUGCAGACAUAAUGAAUGAGGUUAUUUUUUGCAAUUAAUUGUUUGUUAUGACCAGUAACUUUUGUUUAUAUACAAGCAGCUUUAUAAAUACUGUUAUAUCAACGAUAAUGAUCUUUAUACUGUAUAUAUCUUUAGGGGUAUUUAGUGCAUAGGACACCUGUUGGGGAACUCCUGACCCUCAAUGGAGAAGAGACCAAUCACUUCAUUGCAGGGUUGGAGGGCCUUUGGUGAGAAAAACCAUGGUUCAUCAAGGAGAAAAAAAAUUAUAUGUAUUUUCUACAUGUUAGUGGACUGUAAAAUCAAUUAAAUAAGCCUUUGAAACUUUAAAUUGUCUGAUUUUUCUGGGUAUUCGCCCCCUGGACCACUUUCGAAAGAUUUUGAGCAAUGCCCUACCACGGUCACUUUGCUCUCGUUGGGGACAUCGGGCCCCCCCCCCGUCGGGGACCUCAUACCCCCUGUUGGGCCAAUCCUGCCGCCACCCCUGCUUCAUUGGGAACAAUGCUUUGAAAAAACUUUUUUACACUGUCAUUUUGGAGUAUUUUAGGGGUGCCUAUUCCUAAAAUUUGAUUGCCUUUGCAUCAAUGAGGCACUGAGGUGUUCAGGUAUGUCAUGUGUGGGGAGGAUCCCCUCCCAUCAGGUGUGUGGGACCUAUAAGAAGGGGACCCUACCCUCAGAUGAUUCCUCUUUACUCAUCAGGUGUGUGGUGAGCAUAUUGCUUUUGUUGUAUACUAUUCCUAAUUUACUUUGAAAAAAAAUAUUUUAACAGUUUUGGUGAAUGGCGAUUGAGUUUAAAGGUGGAUUAGUGUAAUGUGUUUAUCAGUUUGUUUCAUCAUUGAAAUAAAGGCACAAUGCCCACACACAACAAGAGAACAGUAAACAACAUAUAAUUUAUAUAAAUAAUAUUAAUUUCCAUCUGUAGUGCUUGUGAUCAUUAUCAAGAGGUCCGACUCAUGGUUUUGUUGGAAUGUAAUCCCAUUUCAAAAAAUACUGCCACGAAUGGGCUAGUCUUAAAUUGACGAUUUUCAAGUUUUCAACGUUCCAUUGCGUGCAUACAAAAUCAGGGCACUCAGACCCCUUGCAAUUCUGUACUCUUAGUUAUUGUCUAAAUAUUAAGAAUCUCUUGAUUAUGUUUUUAGGCCUAUUAUUAAUUUAUUUGUUCAAAUGAUGAUUGAGAGUAUUAAAUUAUAAAAAUUAUGUAUUAUGAUAAGUGUAUUUAUUAUUGUUGUUGAUAUUAUCUACCACUUCCAUUUUGAAAUCAUUGUUGUAAUAUAAUUGGAUUAUAAUCAAAUAAUAAAUAAUAAUGGACUGGUCCACUAAGCCUGCCACUUAGAUAGUGUUGCUAAGUGACGGGGAGAACACGUAAACGUACGUAAAGACGUACGCUUGUGAGACAAGUGUGUAUUCCUACACACUAGGGUGUGGUAUCGUAAUAAACAAAAACAUAAUUAUAGUGAAA